UCAAGAGAAAAUCCAAAAUCCAAACUCCAAUAACAAAAAGCAAAAGCUUCUUCCCUUGUUCCGCCUUGCCCUUCCCUCUCCUUUCCUUCCAUCUUCUCAAGAAACAAACAGAAACCACUACAAGCAACAACAUUAGCAAGAAAAUAAAGAAAUACAUAAACCCAAUAAGCACCAUUACAAUCUCGAAAUCCGACUACGCAAAAGAGCGCAACACCCAAGACGGCCGGAGAGCGAUGUUGUCAUCGUCGACAACAAGCGUUCACGUCAUGGCCCUGGACGGCCUGGUCAACGUGAACUCACUCUUCACCAUCGCCGUCUUCGUGGGGCUUUCUCUGGCGACUCCGGGACAGAGGAGCCUCGAGAACCGGACAUCCUGCGACGCCGGGAUCGACGUGGCGAAGGAGCUGCUGGUGUUCGAGGUUGUCUCCUUCAGCUUCUUCCUGUUCUCAUCGCUGGUGGCGCAGGGACUGAAGCUGGCGAUCAACCUGCUCAACAGCAAGGAUGUCAAGGAGGCGUUGCAUACCAACAUCAAUAUGAAGGUGUUGAGAUUCGGGAUGUUGGGGUCGGCUUUCGGGUCGGUCAUGGGUUGCGUGUUUCUGGUGCUGUCGAUGGUGAAUGUGAUUCAGAUCAGGCUGGGGAUGCUUUCGUGUGGCAGCAAAUCCGCCGUCCAUGCUGUGGCGCCGCUUGUUGUUUUGGUCACGACGGCUCUUUUGGUUUAUAUUUCUACUGCUGUUUAUGCUUUUCUUCACUAGCUGCUGAAUGCAUAUUUAUGCAAGUCUCUUGUACGAUAUCAUGAAAGUGUAAGAUAGACCCUUAAGCAAUAUAAGAGCAAUUCCACCCCUAA